UUUUUAACAACAGCUGCCUCUGUAAUUAAUGCAUCAUUGUUAAAGUGUAAUAUAGGAAUUUAAGUGAUGCAGUCAGGCCUAUUUUGGUCAGGCACAUCCUCCGCGUCCUCACUGCAUCGACACAAGAGCGUUCAAAUGGCUGCGCGUGGAGAGGCUGAGUAACCGAGUGUGAGGCUGAUGCUGCUCCGGUAUUUCACCGCCUCCCCGAGCUUAAACAUCACCACGCCGAACUGAUCUAUUACUCGUUCAGAGCCGUACAGAGUAUUUCAUCGCCGUUUUGGAGCGCAAACCUGCGCAUUUUCUCUGUCUCCGUCUCCUUCUCCCGCCUGUGAAGCAUCGCGCGCGUGUAACCGCAAGGAAAAAAAAAAUGGCUCGGCGCUCGCGUCCCCUCGCCGCCGUCCUCUUCCUCGUUUUCCUCUCGGGGUCUCGCGGUCUGAACAGCGACGACGACCCGUCUCAGGAUGCCGAGUGCAAGACGAAAAGUGUGACCGUGUCAGCGCUGCCGUUUCUCCGGGAGAAUGACCUGAGCAUCAUGCACAGCCCGUCGGCCUCCGAGCCCAAGCUGCUCUUCUCCGUGCGCAAUGACUUCCCCGGAGACGUCGCGGUGGUGGACGACCUGGAAAACACUGAGCUGCCCUUCUUCGUGCUCGAGAUUUCAGGGAGCUCAGAGGAUAUAGCCUUGGUGCGCUGGAGGCAGCAGUGGCUGGAGAACGGGACGCUGCUUUUCCACAUCCACCAUCAGGACGGCAAUCAGAAUGCAGCGGGCUUGGACACCACCGAAGACCCAGCUAGUGACACUGCAGCGGAGGAGGAGCUGCGCAUUCUGCACAUCUCUGUGAUGGGUGGGAUGAUUGCUCUGCUGCUCUCCAUCUUGUGCUUGGUGCUGAUCCUGUACACACGGAAGCGCUGGUGUAAGAGGCGUCGUGUGCCUCAGCCUCAGAAGAGCGCGAGCGCUGAGGCAGCUAACGAGAUUCACUACAUCCCAUCUGUGCUGCUGGGUGGGCAAGCACGUGAGAGCUUGAGGAACUCCCGGUGCCAGGGUGCCAACGCCAGCGGCACCCUCAGUAUCCGAGAGACACCCAUCCUCGAUGGCUAUGAGUAUGACAUUGGUGAGCUGCGCCAGCACCUGCAGCGUGAGUGCAUGAACGGUGGUGAGGACUUCGCCAGCCAGGUGACACGCACACUCGAUUCGCUUCACGGCUGUAAUGACAAGGCCAACGUGGAUCUCACCCCCGGGAAUGACAAUACAAAACUGUCCCUGAUGAGCAAGUACAAGGAUAACAUCAUAGCCACCAGUACCGUUGACAGCAAUCACCAGCAAAACACGCUCCUCCCACACAACACCUCCACCAACCAGCGCACGCGUCUGUCCAGCAACACGCGCGCGGGUUCAGCUUUCCUGAACCCGGACGGGGAUUCUGGGCCUGAGACAGAUGGCGAGCCACAGCUCACCUUCUACACCGACCCCAACCGCAGCCGCCGUCGCAGCCGAGGUAUGAGAAACGGUAACGCCAACCCAGCGUGGGGCUCUGGGGGCUCUCCACGCAGUCCCAUCAAUAAGACCACCCUAACUUUGAUCAGUGUGACGAGCUGUGUGAUCGGCCUGGUGUACUCCUCUCACCUGUCAUGUGGCCUGAACGUGCGUGUGGUCCUUCAUGUACCUGAGCACCUCAUUGCUGACGGUUCCAGGUUUGUCCUGUUACAGGGCAGUCAGCUGGAUGCCUCCGAUUGGCUCAACCCUGCUCAGGUGCUGCUCUACUAUCAGCAGAAUGCCAGCGGGCCGUGGCUUAGUGAGCUGUGUGGUCGGCGCCUUGUUGACCCCUGCGAACACCAGUGUGAUCCUGACACAGGUGAAUGCCAGUGUUUUGACGGAUAUAUGAAAGACCCUGUGCACAAGCAUCUCUGCAUACGCAAUGAAUGGGGACCAAAUCAGGGUCCUUGGCCAUACACCAUUUUCCAGCGUGGUUUUGACUUGGUGAUGGGGGAGCAGCCGUCUGACCGCAUCUUCAGGUUCACUUACACUCUGGGAGAAGGAAUGUGGCUGCCGCUGAGCAAAAGCUUUGUCAUUCCACCGGCUGAGCUGGCCAUCAACCCCUCUGCCAAGUGUAAGACAGAUAUGACUGUCAUGGAAGACGCCGUAGACGUUAGGGAGGAGCUGAUGAUCUCCUCGUCCUUUGACAGUCUGGAGGUUCUGCUGGACUCCUUUGGUCCAGUGCGAGACUGCUCAAAGGACAAUGGCGGAUGCAGUCGCAACUUCCGCUGCAUAUCUGACCGAAAGUUGGACUCCACCGGUUGCGUGUGUCCUCCUGGUCUGAGCCCAAUGAAGGAUGGCACCGGUUGCUAUGACCACCACAUUGGCAUCGACUGCUCUGAUGGAUUUAACGGUGGCUGUGAGCAGCUGUGUCUUCAACAACUAGCUCCCCUUGAGGAAGACCCUACCCUUUACAAUAUCCAGAUGUUCUGCGGCUGCAUUGAGGAUUAUAAGCGUGGGGCGGAUGGCCGCACAUGUCUGCCUCUGUCUGAGUCCUGCACCGAGGGAGUGGACUGUGGAGAGACAGCCGGCACCCCAGCCAAUCAAACUACGUUCGGAGACGUCUUCUAUGGCUAUGACAACCGUACCAAGGAGAUCACCACAGGCCAGAUCCUUAAGGCUACCUUCAGGCAGAAGAACUUUGCCCGUGGCAUAGAACAGCAGCUUCCGGACGGCAUGGUGGUGGCAUCAGUACCAAACGAAGCACAGUGCCGCGAGGAGAUCUCUGAUCCAGUUCCUGAUCCCGAGUAUCUCACUGGGAUGGUGAACUACAGCGAAGUUUCUGGAUAUCCUCUAGUGCAGCACUGGAAGCUUCGUUCCAUUUUGUAUCAUGUCAGGCUUAAUCAGUGGACCCUCUCUCAAGCCUUCAGUUCAGCCAUCCAUUCCUUGGAUGGUGCGACAUUGCGGAGCGACUUCGUGUCCAUUCUGAAGGAGUUUGGGAAUCAUUUUGUCCAGGAGGCGGUGUAUGGCUUUGAGGAGUCCUGCACCAUCUGGUACCCCAAUAAGCAGGUGCAGCGCCAGCUGUGGCUCGAGUAUCAGGACAUCAGCAAAGGUAACUCUCCAUCUGAUGAGUCGGAAGAGUGGGAUAAAGAGACACGCACUCUCACCUAUCCAGCCUAUAUAGCCAGCCUGCUGGACUCAGGGGCCAAGCGUUUGACAGCAGGUGUGCGCAUGGACUGCAGCAGCCAGGGCCAGUGCCCACCCUCAUGCCACCUGUGCCACAUGAGCCCCGGGACCCAGAGGCCCUCAGAGCCUGUGCUGCUCCAAGUCACCAAGGCAGCACCAAUCUAUGAGCUUGUCAACAACAAUGAAACCUACCAGUCUCUGCAGGAAGCUAUGAUGAGCAUGUUGUGGUGCUCAGGGAAAGGCGAUGUCAUCGAUGACUGGUGUCGCUGUGACUCCAGUGCCUUUGGUGCUGAUGGACUGCCAACGUGUGCCCCACUUUCUCAGCCCAUGCUAAAGCUGUCCCACUCAUAUGAACCCAGCAGCUCACUGGUUACUUUGGAAUGGAAUCAUGCAGAACCACCGAUUGGUGUGCGGAUUGUGGAUUACCUCAUCAGCCAGGAGAAAAUCACUGAGAGGACUGACCAUACAAAAGUUGAAACAGAGACCAUGCUGAGCUUUGUGGACGACAUUCUGUCUGGGGCCAAAUCUCCGUGUGUGAUGCUGGGAGAAAUCCCAGAUCCACUCACUUCCAUCUCUAUGAUCAUACGCUGCCUGGAGCCUGACACCGCCUACAUGUUCAGACUUUGGGCCGUGGAUAACACAGGCAGGCGCUCCAGCCCCAGUGAGGUCACCAUCAAAACUCCCUGCCCUGCAGUGGACGAUGUGAAAGCACAAGAAAUAGCAGACAAAAUUUACAACCUGUUCAAUGGCUACACAAGUGGGAAGGAGCAGCAGACAGCCUACAACAUGUUGAUGGAUUUGGGUUCACCCACGCUGCACCGCGUCCUCUACCACUACAACCAGCGCUAUGAAAGCUUUGGGGAGUUCACCUGGCGCUGUGAGGAUGAGCUUGGCCCCAGGAAAGCAGGCCUGAUUCUGUCGCAGCUUGAUGACCUCAGUGGCUGGUGUCGAGGGCUUCUUCAGGAACCCAAAAUUGGCCUGCGCCGAGCGUCACUCAAAUUCCUGGCGUGCCGUUAUACAGACACCAAGGCAUUCAGCCUCAGCUGGAUGGAGCUUGCUCAAGGGCUGCACAAAUCUUGCGAUGAACAAACGCUGUCUGUGAUGUACAAUGACUACGGAGAACCUAAAGAAAUCUGAACAUCAUCCAGGAUCAUAAUGUCCAUGGAGUCCACAGCAGGAACCACCAGUCUGUUCAUUUAAGGCUCCUCAUAUGGACAAACGUUUCUAAAGUUUGUACAGCAAAUGUUCCUCCUGCAUCAGUGGAAUGUACCAGUCUGUUAGUCAUUGCUUAAGCAGCUACUCCACAAAUAAAGUUCAAACCAGUGCCGUGGCCGAAUUCAUUCCCUAUUCACUAAAAAGUGGACUAUUUGGUGCACAGCCAUUUUUUAAUUUUAUCGAAAUACCCAUUUGAUAAAUUCCAUUCCCUGGACAGUAUACUACAGCAUUAUCCAGAGUGCAUCAUAAAGUCAGUGUACAGCCAAAGCACACUACAUACCACAGUGCAAAAUUCUUUUAACUGUAUUUAAACAGGGUUGUUUCAGGACCACUAAAGCCAAGACAGGUACUUUUUACAGGUGUAUGUAAUACAGAAAACCACAUUAAGUACUUCUGUGUUCUUGUGGUUUUAGGUCUAAGUAAGUCAUAUGUAAAAUUAGAAUUGUAACUUUAAUGGUGAUGUGUUGGCUGAAUUCAGGUCACUGACUGCUUUUUCUAGUGAUGGUCAUGGUGAUAUAUAUUUGCAGUCAACAGUAUACAAUGAACAGUGAGGAGUGAAAAAAAGACUGAUUUCAGACACAGCACUGGGUCUUUUGUGGUGUUGAGCUACAAGGAAAAUGUAUUCAACCAGGUGUAUAUAAAAUAGAAGUAAAUAACAGCGAUGGAAUUCCAUGCCUGAGCCCAUGACUAAAUCAAAUGUAGAAUAUUUUUUUCAAAUAAUUAUUCAAUUUUGAAGGUUGAGUGUGUGUCUGUUUGUGUGUGUGUGUGUGUGUGUGUGUGUAUACAUUAUACAAUAUGUGACACAAUAUAGAGACAUCUAACCACGUAUUAAUAUUUGAUAUGUUUUCAUUUUCUGGCUUAUAGCCUUAUAUUUCUUGCCUCAUUUUGCCGCUUGAAAAACUUUGAGUAUUUUUAAUUUAGCUCAAACCACAUUGUGUUAUGUUUGUACAGUCUGUUAUGUAAAAUAAAGCUUGACUAAUCAGUUAA